AUGUCUCAGACGCGCCAGAGAAUCCAUAUACUGGCCACAAAUGAAUGCCGAGGUCAAAGUCGCACCUUUGACAGCAAUCAAGGAAGAGAACCGUUGAAACCACAUGAAGUACCGCCACGUCCAUGGGCUAAGGUCGGCUUGGACAUUUUCACAUUUGUUCACCAGAACUACCUAAUCAUAACUGACUAUAUCUCGAAUUUCUUUGAGAUGGAAUCAUUGAACCAGCUGACCUCGCGGGAGGUCAUAAGGAAACUUCGAUCACAAUUUGCUAGACACGGCAUACCAGACACAUGCAUGUCAGAUAACGGACCACAGUUUGCGUCGGAGGAAUUUGCGGACUUUGAACAUCUGUGGGAGUUUGACCAUAUAACAUCAUCGCCUCACUACCCACAUAUCAAUUGGAAAGCAGAAAAAGCUGUCAAAGUUGCCAGACAAAUCCUCAAAAAAGCAAAACAUACAAAAUCGAAUCCGUACCUUGCACUGUUGGAUUACAGAAAUACACCAACGCAACAUGUGGGAACAAGUCCAGCCAUGCGGUUAAUGGGUAGGAGAACAAAAACACUCCUUCCUAUAAAAGGGAACCUACACCAGCCUAAAGAUGCUACCUUUGAGAAAGGGAAAAUUGAUAUCGCCAAAUUAAAACAAGCAGAGUACUACAACAAAUCCGCACAUCCGUUACAACCGCUAUCAGUGGGAGAAACGGUUAGAGUGAAAACCCCAAACAGACCAUGGGAAAAAGGAACUAUAACCGGGACCAACACAGAGACAAGAUCGUUCGAGGUCAAAACAGAGGCUGGAGCUGACUAUACAAGAAAAAGGAAACACCUGAUAAAAUCAAUGGAAGGUCCAGUGCCAUACGACAAUCCAGACGUGCCAGAAGACAAUCCAAACUGCACAUCUAAUGACAACAAAGGAACUAAUCCUGGGCCGAACACCAAUAAAGAUCCAGAGACCAUCACCACUCGAUCAGGGCGCGAAGUGAAGCCACCAAUGAAACGUUACGAUGAUCCCGAGUCACGUGACAGAAAGCGAUUUUAG